AAGUGAUGUAGCGUACGUGAUGUUGAUGAAUCCUGAAACAUGUAAUCGUGUCGAUGCUUAUGCCUUGACAAAUUCGUUUUUUCCCCCUGAAUGAUUUAUUCGAGGGAUAUUUAAAGAGCGAAUAUGAAUCCUUCCAGAAGAAGCGAAAGCGAUUGGCAAGGUUUGGUGAAUGAGUUCCUGGUGUGCAAGAGAAAGCUGGAGAGUAAGAAAGAGGCACUGCUGAUCUUAUCUAAAGAGCUGGACACCUGCCAACAGGAACGAGAUCAGUUCAAGUUGAUGGCAAACCAGCUCCGUGAGCGCCAUCAAGGGCUGAAGAAAAAGUACAGAGAGCUCAUAGAUGGUGACCCCUCUCUGCCUCCUGAAAAAAGAAAACAAGUCAAUCUGGCCCAGUUACUUAGGGACUCCCGAGAACAGAACAAACAGCUGAGCGAACAGUUGAAGGAACUGAACCAACGUUUAACAGAGGUGCAGGGUGAUAACAAGCUGCUGAGGAUGACCAUCGCAAAGCAACGUCUGGGGGACGAGGAGGUGGGGGCUCGUCACUUUCCUGCCCACGAGAGAGAAGAUCUUGUUCAGCAGUUAGAGACAGCUCGAGAACAGAAUGAAGCGCUGGAACAAAGCUUGAAGGCUACCACGGAUGAACUUCAGGAUGUGAGAGCAGAGCGUAAUGUGUACCAGGAGAAAGCUCAGAGACUAAAUCUGGAAAUUAACCACAUCCUGGGUAGCCACGAGAACCGCAUCCUGGAUAUAGACGCUCUAUGUAUGGAGAACAGAUAUCUGCAUGAGCGGCUUAUGCAGCUUCAGGAGGAGGUCAGUCUCCUCAAAUCAAAUGUCAUGAAGUACAAGAGUGCUUUAGAAAGCAAGAAGAACUGCAAAGUCUAUGGCAAAAAUAACAGCAGUGCUUUAACCGGUGUCCUGUCUGCCAAACAAGUGCAAGAGCUGUUGCUGUCUGAGGAGAAUGGCUGCAGUCUCCCAGUCACUCCUCAGUCCAUUAGUGACCUGAAGUCUCUGGCCACGGCUCUGCUGGAGACCAUUCACGAGAAGAACAUGAUAAUUCAGCAUCAACGCCAAACCAACAAGAUACUGGGAAACCGGGUUGCAGAACUUGAGAAGAAGUUGAAAACAUUGGAAGUGUCUGGGUUGUGGAGUCUGCCAGGCAUCACCUACAAUGUGUCUCUUGGACUAGGGAGAAGGAAAGCUGUUAUUGUCCUCAGUGACUCUCAGCAUGUUCAGCCCACCACAGAACAGUCAGUACAUCUAACACCAAAGUCAGUGGUAGGAGAUGAAGAGAUACUGACUGGAGAAGAGGUCACAGAGGACACUGGACUCAGUGCAGACAUCAGUCAAAAUGACUGUCAAGCUAUAGCAGUUGAGUUGAACCAAACGGGUGGUUAUUUUAACACCACCUAUUCGGGCUCUCAAAUUCCACAAUCCAGUGAACCAGUAGAAAGUAUCCUGCCUGUGGUGAUCGCAGAGUGUAAAUCCCUUGCUUGUUGUGACUCUAUGAAGCCUGUGUGUCUCGCUGAGAGUGGAUCGGAAAAAUGUGAGAUUGAAGUAUGGCAACACAAUGAAGAUUUGGAAAGCCCUUUACAUCAAUCUAUGAACAGGGAAGUGUCUUUUGAAAGUUCAGAACAAAAAGCUGAGAAUGAUGUUCCUGUUGUUUACUCUGAGGAGGACAGUCUACCUUUGGCUUCAGAGACUUGUGACAGUUUUGACUUUAUUUCUACGUCUGAGCCUUGUACAUCAGAACAGCAAACAGAAAAAUCAGUUGAUAAAGAAACUGAGCAUGCUUCCCUAAACACAAGCCGUCCUUCUCAAAAGCCAUCACACCAGGAAUGAACGUCAUUCAAGAAUGUGUAAAGAUAACCUCCAUUUUUUUCAAACCCCACAACUUAAUGAUUUUCUCAUCAUUUACUCACCCUCAUGCCAUCACAGAUGUGUGACUUUCUUUCUUCUGCUGAACACAAAGAUUUUUUUGAAGAAAAUCUGUUUUGUAGGUCUAUCCAAUGCAAGUGAAUGGUGACCAGAACUUUGAAGCUUAAAAAAGAACAUAAAGGCAGCAUAAAAGUAAUCCAUAAGACUCCAGUGGUUAAUCCAUGUCCUUCAGAAGCGAUAUGAUAGAUGUGAGUGAGAAACAGAACAAUAUUUAAGUCUUUUUUUUUUUUUUUUUACUAUAAAGCUACUUUCAAACAUCCUUCCUAUGCAUGUUCACAAGAGUUCUUUUUUUUUGUGCAAAUAUAUUUAGUCUUUUCCUUUGCUUUAUUCCUCCCUUUUUUCUUUCUCCUCCCUGCCCAGUAGGUGGAGAUAUGCAUAAAGAAUGCAAAUAGCUGGAGUCAUAUGGAUUACUUUUAAGCUGCAUUUAUGUGCUUUUGGAGUUUCAAAGUUCUAGUCACCAUUCACUUGCAUUGAAAGGAACAACAGAGCUGAAAUAUUCUUCUAAAAAUCUUUAUUUGUCUGUUCAGUAGAAGAAAGUCACACAUCUGGAAUGACAUAAGGGUGAGUAAAUGAUGAGAGAAUUUUCAUUUUUGGGUGAACUAUCCCUUUGAAAUAUAAAAGUACACAAUGGAAAUGACUGUGGUAAGAGAAUUAAUGAAGAAUCCCCAAAUGUUAAAAUGAAAUGGAAUAUAAACCACAAGGUGGCUGUUAAAAUGAACAAUGUUGUGAAAAAAUCACUUUCUGGGGGUUGUCAGUGAUCUCAGAUCAUCAAGAAUGUCAGGUGACGUUAGAUGUGCAGUCGCCAUUAGCACCUAUGAUACUACCAGCUAAACUAAAAAACUGAGUGUUUUUUUUUUUUUUCUCCCAUUGUGAAAUAGUUUCAAACACAUUUGUGUUUUGACUUUUUAAAUAUCUUUAUAAUUGCUUAAGAGAUGUAUUUUUGUGGGUAAAACUAAACAAAAACAUAGUUUUGAUUUGUGACUCUAAUCUCUCAACCUUCUUGUGGUAUCUCAUUCAUGAGUAAAAUGCAACACACAACUCUUGUUCCAUGUACUCAAAGUGACUGUUUUAUGUUUCAUUUUUAAUGUAUUUAUUUCCUCAUUUUUUCUUAUUUCAUUUGUCUUAUUAUAAUUUGCAACAUUUAUAAUUGUAACUUUGGUCUGUGAAGGUUGGUGUAACAUCUUACUCUGUAGAUCACUUUACAGUAUAUCACUGUAAAUUACAGUAAAAACAGCAAAUUAUUAAAAUUGAAGGAUGUAUCCUUCAU